AUGGCCAACAUCGAUCCCGUAAAUGAGCCAUAUGACGACAAUUUGUAUUUUGAUCCCUCGGUUUUGGAUAAAAAGGAAUAUGAAGAUUUCUCUCACUUCUUCCAAGUUGAUAUUGUGUUCGGCAGUAGGGAAGAAUUAAUCAACUGGGCGAAAGAAACUGCAGUUAGUCAUUGUCACCGUUUGAUUUGUCAGUCUAGAAGGGAGAAUGCACAGUACAUGACGUGUGACAAAUACGGACAUGGCCGACAAACGAAUAUCGAUGUGGAAGAUCCUAGAAACUCAGGAACAAAAAAAUGUGGUUGUCCGUUCAAAUUGAUUGGCAAAAGGUCAAGGUUUGAUGAAUUAUGGCGGUUGACUGUCAGCGAUGGCAGGCAUAGUCAUCGUCCGACUUUGUUUCCUCACGGACAAGGUACGACUAGUCGUAUAACUCCACAACAGAAAGCAAGAAUUAAAGAAUUGCGAAAUUCUCACGUGAAGCCAAUGCUGAUCAUGGAUAGACUGAGAAAAGAUGAUCCGACGAUACAAACCUCUAUGAAGCAUGUUUACAAUGAGUUGGCCAAGAUUAAAUCUGAGGAAAUGGAGGGCAUGACUGUUAUUCAGUUUAUGAUGCAUAACUUUCAAAAAGGCGAGUAUCGAUAUUGGCAUCGUGUCGAUAGUGAAACGAGCAACACGAUUACAGAUAUUAUGUUUGCAUGUCCCGAAUAUAUUAAGUUAUUACGGUUGUUCCCGUAUGUUAUAUUGAUGGACUGCACAUACAAAACCAAUAAGUAUGGAAUGCCUCUUUUGGAAAUAAUUGGGAUAACUCCAGUUGGGAGGAAUUAUACAAUUGCUGUUGCAUUUAUGUCGCAUGAAGAUGCAGACACCUACGAGUGGACUUUGAAUUGUUUGAAAGAGUUGCUAGAUGGUGUCGAACCUGAUGCGAUCUUGACAGACAGAGAGUUGGGUCUUUUGAAAGCACUGCCAAAUGUCUUCUCAUUUUCGUAUCAUAUGUUGUGUAUAUUCCAUAUAAACAGAAAUGUUGAGGCAAAUGCGACGAAAUUUAUGGGAGGCAACAAGGACCAAGGGUAUCCUAGGCUGAUACAGUAUUUGAAUGAUACGUGGUUGAUAUACAAGGAGAAGUUUGUUCGAGCCUAUACUCGCAAUGUGUAUCAUUUUGGCAACACGAGCACCAACAGGGUGGAGAGCGCUCAUUCUUCAGCGAAGGGUUGGUUAAAUGCUUCGACCGGUGGUCUGGAUAACGUGCAAGGCAAACUUCGGGACCAAGUUUAUAUCCAAAUUAGUGAGCUGAAGUGCGAUUUUUCAUUAUCAUCCAAGAUAAGGAAGCAUACUGCAGCAUGGCCGUGUUUUCAGGGUUUGAUUUGUUAUGUUACGCAUCUGGCAUUAGAGAAACUGGAUGAAGAGAUGGAGUCCCCGGCGAUGCAAGAUCCGAGUAUUUGCACACACUAUCUUUGGAAUACUCAUGGGCUCCCAUGCGCGUGCAAAAUUGUGCAGAAAAUGGAAGAUAAUGACACGUUCGUCAUUUCAGACUUGCAUCCAUUCUGGAGUACCAUGGCAGUUGAGCCUUCGGAGCUACCCGAGUAUCAAGUAAACCGCGAGGAGAUUGUGGAUAGACAGAUUGAUGACCUGAAUUGCAAUUUGAAGAAGAUGAAUUACACGAGUAAGAUAAAUGCCGUGGCCUCAUUGCGUGGUAUCGUUUAUCCGUCUACGUCGCAUCUGUCCGAGCCAUCAUUUGUUAAGACCAAAGGACGACCAAAGAAUAACUCGACAAAGAGAGACCCUUCUGGAUGGCAGUAUCAUAUUGAUGAGGAGACAAUUAAGUCGUCUUGUGGUUCCAAGGGUCGCCAAACCUCAUCUGGUGCAAAGAUUCCUAAAACAAAGGUUGAGAGAAGCACUGAUGGAACGCCUCAAUCGAAGAUGAAAGGUCGUGGUUCUCGUAUUCCCACACAAGAAUCUGUUGCCCCUACAAUACCUGCACAUGAAGGAAUCGACUUUUAUUCUUUCGUGCCCAGAUUUAUGGUCCGUCUUAUUCAAGAUUAUGUUAACGUGAUGGCGGAUGGCAACUGUGGGUACCGGUGCGUUGCUCAAGCCGUGUACGGGGAUCAAGAAAGAUGGCCGCAAGUGAGAGGGGAGUUGCUUAUUUAG